UCUGAGGUCAGAGACAAACUUGUAUGCAGACAUAGAGAGACUGGUACAGUAAGUUUAUGAUCAGAAGCUUAAGCUUGUAAAUUUAAGCCUCAGUUUAGAAGUUUAGUUACAGAUCUUACUUAGCAUUCAAGGAUUAGCUGUCCCGCACCUUUUUUAUAAACACUUUCUCAAAUUUUCCUUGAAUAUUCACCAAUGUCUGAAGAAAUUACUUAUGCAAAUCUAAAAUUCCAGGACUCCAAUAAGACAGAAAAUACCCAGGAUCUUCAAAAAUUUGGGGAAAAAGCACCUUCUGUUCCUUCCCCUCUGUGGCGUCAAUCAGCCUUGAUCCUGACUCUCCUCUGCCUUCUGCUGCUCAUUGGACUAGGAGCCUUGGGAGGCAUAUUUUAUAAAACUUUGAAGUUAGAAAUGGAAAAACUGAAUAAACUGCAAAAUAUCAAAGAAGAACUUCAGAGAAAUGUUUCCCUACAACUCAUGGAUAACAACAGAAGCUCAGAAAAUAUCAGGAACCUCUCUAUCACACUGCAAAUAGUAGCCACCAAAUUGUGCCAUGAGCUAUAUAGAAAAGAACCAGAGCACAAAUGUAAACCUUGUCCAAAGGGAUGGAUAUGGUAUGGGGAUAGCUGUUACAUCAGACUCAAGCAUUUUGAAACAUGGCAAAACAGCGAAAUUUUCUGUUCUGCUCAGAAUGCCAGUCUGCUGCAAGUUAGGAACCAAAAAAAAUCGGAAUUCAUAAAAUCCCUUCAAUUAUAUGACUUUUGGCUGGGAUUAUCUCCUGGAAAUUAUCACAUGAAAGGUUUAAGGCUGGAUGACAUGAUUGCUUCUUCUGCUUGGUUUAAAAAUAACAUAAGUGACUUAAAUAAUAAAUAUUGUGGAUUUAUAUAUAAUUCCUAUGUUUAUUAUGCUUCCUGCUCUUUUAUGAAAAACUUUAUGUGUGAGAAGAUGGCCAAUUCAGUGAAGACUGAAAGUAUAUUAAUGAGUGAAGAUCCAGAUGGAAGAAUGUAGUCAGUGCAAUUAUUUUGCUUCAGCUAAUAUCCUGAAAUUGAUAGGACCUUUGGGCAGCAUGCAUCACCUAGAUAACACAAGUUAGAUAAAGAUGAUGUAACUAAAUUGCUGCCUCUCUCCUAGUAUUUAUGCCAUCAGACUUUCUUCUUUUGCCUCAUUUGCUGAGUGUAAGGAAUCUAAAAUCCUAUCUUCUCAUGUACAUACAGUCCAGAUAUUGUUCAGCAUAAAGACAGUGUUUCUGGUAAUAUAGGAAUCUGAAACUAAUAUUUUCCUGCUUUUCCAGAAAUAAACCAGGGAAAUUUCUGUCUUCUAGAAAAUCAGAGAAAAUUAAUAUAGGAAUAAAUAUAACAAUACAAUAUGAAGAAUUUUGAUUUAUCCUAGUAAUGUGGAUUAAUUAAGCAUGUAAAAAUGAUAGAGCAAAAACCAUAUAGUUUUAAUAUGUGUACAAAAAGUAUUUGUUGAUAUACAAUAUGCAAUUAUAGAAAAUCUUCUCAGAAAACUAGAAGAAUAUUUAAAGAGGGUUGAAAUAAAACCAAACUUUGAACAAACAAAAAAACUCUAAUAAUUUAAUAAACCCUGUUGUCUAUUAGAGGUCCUCAGUGGAAUAAAGCAAGGAAAAGAAGUAUAAAAUAAUGGAAGAGAGAGAAAUAAAACAUUUUUAUUUGUAAAUAAUAUAAUUAUGCAUAUAAAAACAAUGAUUUAUAAGCUAUUAGAGUAAAUAAUGUAUCAAGGUCAGUGGAUAAAAUCUUACCAUAUAAAAAUCAAUCAUAUUUUUAUGUAUUAUGUAUUCUGUUUGUAUUUGUAUGUAUUAUGUAUUAUCAUUGAACAAGUAGUGAUAAAAUUUUAAAUUUAAUAACACUUAUAAUGCCACACAAAAAUAUAAAAUAAUUAUCUAGUAAAAAUGUAGAAAACCUUCAUGUGCAAAAGUUUUGUGCAAUUUCCCCCUUUGUCUCCCUUUCCUAGGGAUCUCUAUAUCCAAUGACUGAUAAACAUUCCAGCACAGUAAACUUGUACACUUUCUCCAACAUGGUCCAUUUCAGUUUCAGAAGUUUACAGUCAAUUAUUUUAUUAAGAAUACAUCACUGAUCAAUUUCUCCCUUUGUCCAACUUUGCUUCUUUUCCUUCUGCCCAGGUAGGGUCCAGACACAUACGUUCCAUAUUAAACCUGCAAGCUAACUUCUGUCAAGGGGUGUUUUGCAGAGAACCAAACCUGCAAAAAUAGGUAGCAAGAAUUAUCCAAGAAAACAGAUGCUAAGAUGUAAUUUGGGGCUUAAAUCACCAGCUGCCCACUAGCAAUGAGAAAUAAAUCACUGCUGUUAAAAAGAAAAGAUCACAAAGGCACAAACAUGGUAUAAUUGUUAAAAUCUUCACAAGUGGUGAAAACCUGGAAUGACAAACCAGUGGAGUCAAGAUUACUUUAGGAAAAUGUAUCAGAUAUUUGAGAAAUAUGGGUAGAAUAAAAACAAUAAGGAUAGUGGAAUUAGGCAUUUGUUGGCAAUCUCAAUUGACUCUUCAGAAAAAAUAACAGGGAAAUCUAAAAGUGAAUAAUCAAGGAAAAAAAGCUAAGUGUGAAUACUGAUAGGUAUUAAAUGGAAAGGUUCACAUUUCAUUCAAUUUGAAGGCAGAAAAAAUAGGGACUAGUCUUAGGACUUUGUAAUAAGACAGAGGGGACAGAAAUCCAAAGAAAGUUAAAAUUUUAAACUGGGAAAGCCUGUUUUGCCAGAAUCAGGGUCCUGAUUGAGAAAGCAUAAAAGGAAGACAUCUUUGGAUGAUAACUCCCCAAAUCUUGAUUCACAUAUUUUUCUGAGACCUCAGAAGUGACCCACUUCUCCCAAUUAAAAGCUAACACACUCUCUUUGAUUAAAAUAUGGUAUAGGUUUCCAGUUAUAAGUCAAAUUGCAUGAGCUUCAUUCACCCAUUCUCCUGUCCACAGGGCAAAUAAAAAGAUAACCUGGCUAAACACAUGAGUUGUCUCAUAAAAAAAGAGAUUUUGCACCUAUCUAUUAUGUCGCAGCAAGAUAGAGAGCAUACAUCUGAUGCGACUUUCUAAAUGUUAGACCAGGUUGGUGGGGAAAGUGACACAAAAUUGAAUAAGGGAAUUUUACUAAUCUAGGACCACUUUCUUGGAAUAGUGAAUUUAGUAACCCAAAAAGGACUUUAAUAAAUGGUGCAAACACUCUGACAGGAAGCUUUCAAAAAAUGUAGAGAAAUAAAUGGCCCACACCAAAUUAAGUAGUAGUACCACAUUUGCUUUGGCAGGAAAAAAGAGAAUAAAAAUUUCAAAGAUGUGGGAAUAUUAGAGUGGGUACUAUCAUAAAAUAAUAGUUUUCUUCAGCCAAUCAAAGGACAAUAUUCCUUAGGAAGCAAUAAUAUAUAUGCUGGUAAGAGGGUCACAAUAUCCUUAAGAAGCUCACCAGUGAUUCCUUUGAUUGUCAGUGAUGGUAACAAUCGAAGUAAUUACAUAACUGAGUUAAUUGAUAGCAAAGUUGUUGAUAGUACACUGAAACUGUAGAGUGCAAAUCAUUGUUCAUCUAGUCUAUGACAUCACACUAAUAAGGCUGUACUAAUAAGAUUUUCAUUUUAUUCAGCAGAAACAUUGUUUUCCUCAUUAUAGAUAUUGUAUAUAUUUUAUUACAUUUAAUUAAUAUCUAUUUUUUUGGUUUGAGGAUGCUCAAAUAAAUGAUGUUGUGCUCAGUUUCAAAUUGCACUCUUCUACUUGUUCAUUACUGAUAUAUUGGAAAGGAAUUAACUUUUGUAUAUUAACCUUGUGUUGUGCAACUUUAAUACUGUUGCUUAUGUGUUCCAUGAGUUAUUUUGUAUUUGUUUGUUUCCUUUUCUUGAUUCUCUUUGUAUUUUGUAUGUAAACAAUUAGGUGAUCUGCAAACAUUUUCAUUUAUUCCUUCCCAAUAAAUAUAUCUUUUAUUUA